CUUCCUUUUUUUGCUAGGAUUUUCAAGUUGAAGAACCAAAAUAGCUCCCCUUUGUUGUUGAUUUUUGAGAGAGAGAGUAAUGGCGGUGAGAGCAGCAAAAACAGCACUUUUGGAACCUCAAGGGUUUAACUUAAGCAGAAGACUUUUCUCAAACUUCACUUAUUCUCCUCUGUCAUCACAUGCUACAACACCUACACCUCCUCCAGCCGCUGAACCUUCUGCGAACCUUUUCGUCUCAGGGCUUAGUAAACGUACAACCGAUGAUGGACUUAGAAAAGCAUUUGCAGAGUUUGGUGAAGUCCUUCAUGCUAGAGUUGCGAAAGAUCGUAACUCGGGAUAUUCCAGGGGAUUUGGUUUUGUAAGAUAUGCUACUCUGGAAGAGGCUGCAGCGGGUAUAGCUGGUAUGGAUGGCAAGUUUCUGGACGGUUGGGUAAUUUUCGCGGAGUACUCAAGACCCAGACCACAGCAACCUCCUCAUAACAACGGCGGACACGGUUAUAACACACCUCAGUCAUCUUCAAGAUAUUGAAUUCGCUGAUUCAUUAAUAUCUAUAGAUCUCUCUUAUUUUCUCCGAGACUACUUUGGAUUUUUCUUUCAUCACCUGUGGAAUUAUCCCAGAUAUUAUAAGUUAUAACAUCAUUUGGAUUCAACGAAGAAUUUGCAAAAUUGCAAGUAGCUUUAGUAAAAUAUGAAAAUUCUAUGAGUUUUAAGCAACAGAUUUUGCUCGGGAAAAAAAAACAGGGUACAAGUUGAGGGAAUCGUUGCGGGUUCUUACUUCUUUUUGUAGUUGUGAUGCUAAAUUGCAUAAUUUUGUAACUGCAGGCAAAACUUUGUGGCCUAAAAAUGAUAAAAUAUUAGUUUACCUGUCA